CAGUAAUAUAACUACGUCUCCACGGGACUUUAUUAUCUUUAGUGAAUUUCGACUGACAGGUACAAUAGUCUUCUGCGAUGAAAACAGUUGUUACUUUUCAAGUAUUCAUACUUGUCUUUAUAUCAACAUUCUAUCAGGAAGGAGUAUCGGGCCAAUCGUUCUACCCGCCAUAUGGCGGCGCGCCAAUUGUGUACGACAACUCCGACGACGGUGACAUCGGCCUCCUUCUGACUGUUCUACUUUUGGCAACAAGGAACAGAAAUGGCAACUGUAAUAAUUGUUGCAACUGUUCCAACUGCGGGAACUCAGCAAGGACCAUGCCCGUCCCUUAUCCCGUACCAUUCCCAACUAAUUGUGCGAUUGUAAAUAAUAAAUCUCAGCCUCCGUAUUAUGGUUAUAGAAAUUGUUGUUGUAAUGAUGACAAUGAUAACAAUGAUAACGAUGAUGACAAUUCUAAUACUAAUACUAAUACUGCUAAGGUGAUCAAUCGACCGGAUAAUUCUAAUAGUUUAAUAUCUACGUAAUGUUUUAAUAAAGAUAUCUUUAUUUCGUA